UGGCGCCUGUGUUUCUGUGCGCUGCGCGCGCCCUCGUUCUUCAUUAUCUUCUGUUCGUUAGCCUUGGUAACACGUGCGUUGGUUAGUUUUAUCAGUUUCUUUCAGUUAAUUUGUGCCAAUUCUUCUUUUCAGAUAUGUCUAAGCAUAAAAAAUCUAAAAAGAAUUCCUCCUCGAGACACUCGAGAGAGGAAAGGCACGCGCAUAAGCACCGUUCAAGAGAUUACUCUGGGGACAGGCGAUUGCGGAGACAGGUGAUUGCGGGACCGUUCACGCAGUAGAUCGUGGAAUGCACGUCUAUCGCGUAUUUCUCGGACGCCAGAGGAUCUGUGUUCUCGAAGUUCCCUCGUGGAAAUUCUUGACCGAACGCGGACCAUCAUCCAUCGUGGAAGACUCUUUCCCUGGGGAUCGCGAAAUUAUCAGCGGGGCGUUUGAGACAUGCUUAGUGCCUCCAGUAGCCAUUCCAGCACUACUAUCCUCACUUUCGGAAGCAACCAUAAAACAGUAUACUCGUCCUUUAUGUUUUUGGUGGCACUUUUGUCGGAGGAGUAAAAUACAUUUGCAUUCCUUAACGUUUUCUCAAGCACUGGAAUUUCUGGCUCAGGAAGCACUCAACGUUUCUUCAUACUCGAGCCUGAGUAAUAUGAGAUCAGCAAUUUCCUUAAUCUCUCACAAUGAGAUUGGGAACCAUUCUAUGGUCAAGCGUUUCUGCAAAAAUAUAGCAGCACCGCGGUCUCGGUAUGACUUUAUUUGGGAUCCGGCCCCUGUCUUAAUAAAGCUAUCUACGAUUUAUUCGUAUGAUUCUCCCUUCCUGAGUGUCAUUACUAAGAAAUUGGUCAUUCUUCUUGCAAUUUCGCAAAUCUCUAUAGACGAUAAGCUAAUUCUUCGCUUUUCAGAUCGAAUCAAAGCCUCAGCGUCGGGCCGUUCUCACUCUUUUUUUUUCUUUUCACGAUUCGAAGACCAUGAGAAUCUUUGUGUCUUUCGCCUAGUACAAUACUACUUGGAGAGGACUAGAUUCUUGCGUCCUGCCGGUUGCGAUACCUUCUUUAUUUCGCCUAAGAAACCCCUCAAGGCGGUUACAGCACAAACGAUAGGUCACUGGAUUCGACAGAGCUUAGAAGACUGCGGAAUUAACAAUAAUAUAAUCUCAGCCCAUAGUACGCGUCAUUCCUCUACUUCGCGGGCAGCCCAAAAGGGUGUUUUUUUAGACCUAAUUAAACGCGCAGCAGGCUGGACCGGACAGUCUCGCGUCUUUGCGAACGUCUACAACAGGUCCAUUAUCAGUAUAGAGGACUUUAGUAAUGCGGCUCUUUUACUAUGAUAUUUUACCUUCUUUUUUUCUCUCUCUUGAAAGAAAACAUAGGAGUCAGAUAAUCUUAAUUUUAAUAGAAAACGAUGAGCGUUUAUCCGUAUGUCAUGCGAGUUUUUGCCCUAAACCUACCUAGAAAAGUUUAUAUAUAAAGUGUUAAAACAAAAGAUUCUAAACUUACAGAGUAUAUAGAAUUAAUUGUAUUGAGUAAAAAUUCUAUGCCAUAAAUAUAGAUCAAAAAAUAAAGGACAAUGUUAACCCUUAGCGCUCCGUUGGCUCCGGUACGGAGACAUCGCUCAUUUGUUCAGUAACUCCGGUGGCUCCGCUGCAGAGCCAAAUGUUUUUAACAUGAUUACACUUAAGAUGCUAUGUCAUCGUCGCUGUAGUUAAAACGUGCUAAGUCUGUAAUAUUGAGGUUAAAUUAUUUUACGAACUUUUUUAUGGUUAAAAACAUAGAGACGAAUGAAUGUUAUGAUGAAAAUUUAGAGCUGAGUGAUAGUGAAGACGUAUUUGAUUUUCAAGUAUUAUUAUUAUUAUUAUUUUAUUAUUAUUUUCAAGUAUUAUUUUCAAGAAAAGGAUGGCAGACGUCAAACUAGUGAGUACUGUGACACUUGCCCAAGUAAACUCAGAAUGCACAUGGGGGAUUGUUUCCAAAGAUAUCACACGAUGGUGAAUUAUAAAAUUUAAAAUUUAUGUUUCAUUUGCAAGAGAAAUAUGCAUAUUUAUAAAAUAAAUAAAAUCAAAAACAUUUACAAGCACGUGUAAUUCCUUCCACACAAAAUAAGACUUCUUCUCAGACGCUCCGCUACAAAAAUGUGCCGGAGUUGCUGGUAGGCAGUGGUACAAAAACGCGCAGAGCGCUAAGAGUUAAAGAAUCCCGUUUUUGUGUCUCUCGAGGGAACGGGCGAAACCUAUUGGAAACAUUGUGAAUAAGUAUCUAUUUGAAGAAAAUGAACUUCGGAAUGUCCAGAAGUGAGGGAAAAAUUUUUGACGCUGAAACAAAGAUGCAUAUUAUGAAAGAUAAAGAUAAGUUUACGGAAGAGUUUCUAUGUUCUAAGUGCUACGUAUUUUCACUAUUGUUUUAAAAAGAGUAAAUAAUAAUUUUAAAAAUAAUAUUUUUCUAAUAUUAAAACCAACAAGAGGAUGCAAUUUUCAAUAUACCAUAUGUCCCGUAAAAACUAAGAACUAAGGUCUCAGAAGAGUGUCUUGACUCAAUAUUAUAAAGGAGGAAUCCCAUUGGGCGUUUAUCAUAUUGAUCAUCUCGGAUCACUUCCAUCUACGCACAAGAAUUAUCGACACAUAUUCAUUGUCGUGGACGCUUUUUCAAAAUUCAUAUGGUUGUAUGCGACGAAAAUAACCAACGCUGCGGAAAUUUUAAGAUGCCUGAAGAGACAGUCAGUUAUUUUUGGUAAUCCGAGAAAAAUCAUCUCCGAUCGAGGUUCGGCAUUUAUCUCUCAUGAUUUCCGAGAUUAUUAUGAAGCUGAAAAAUUAGAACAUGUGUUAAUUACGACCAGCAAGCCAAGAGCCAACGGCCAGAUAGAAAGAAUAAAUCGAACGGUGAUUCCAUUGUUACUAUACGUGUAUAGUAACUACUAUACGUGAGCUCAUAGAAGAGUUAACUAGUAUAUUCCAGGAGCAACGAGACGAAAUACGAAUCUAGGCCAAGCAAAUAUUCCCAAAGUUCAGCAAGAAAACAGGCACGGGUUUAACAAGACUAGGAAGGCGGCUGUACAAUAUAGAAACGGGCAUCUGGUCGUUAUUAAAAGAACUCAAUAGGGGUCCGGACUGAAAUUGGCAUUUAAAUAUCAUGGUCCUUAUCGCGUUAUUAAGAUCCUGAGAAACGAGCAUUAUAUGGUGCAAAAGAUCGGUGAGCAUGAGCGAACCCUACGAAACACAGCAGAUGAGUACAUGAAGCCUUGGAUCAAUAAUGUCGAUGAAAAACUAACCGAUGAUGAGGAGAUUGAAAUUAUCCGAGGGAACAUAUCCGAGCAGGCUGGCCGAGUUGUUGGAUGCUAAAUUUUAAUUUUUAUAAUCUGUCGAACUUAUUCAAAUAGCGCGGCGUGCACUUAGAUUUAGCAGAGCAGCGCUAGUUUCGGCGCUGUAGCCGGCGCGCAUGUGUGUAAAGCCAGCAGCACACGGUGCUUAUUUUCGUGCUGGAUUGC